GCAACCAAUACAAUGAGGAACUGAUAUUAUGUACUGAAUGUACAGUAUAUAAACUAUAUCUGAAUCAUUUGAUGUGAAUUAAAGAAAAAAUUAAUUCACCAAACUGUGCAGCCAUGCCACUGACCUUGAGCUUAUCUCCAGCAGCUGUAUGUCAGUGUUUCGUUCUGGUGUCCCUCUGCACGGCCAUCGCUGACCCAAAUUGGAUCCAUGUGAGCAAUAAAAACGAGUCAGACAGCAAGCAGCUGAUUUAUGGAGUGGCUUUUACACUGCAUGCUGCAGAGAACCUCACCGAUACAGCUCCUCUGGGUGGAGUGAAUGGUUUGGGCAUGCAUUUGCUUUACACGCUUGCAGCUCUCUGCUACGCUGCUGUUCUUCUCUCCAGCUCCUCUUUUGUGGUGGACUUCCUCGGUACUGGGUUCACUCGCUCCCGCUCCAGACUGGUCAUUUCACUUCACAUUUCAACAGUGCUGCUGUGUUUGGCGGUGCUGGCCGUUAGUGGAGCCUGUCUCUAUGUAAUCCAGGAGAAUGUACAGAAGGGAAGACUGGCCUGGCCUUCUCAAGCUAGUGGAUUUAACACCCGCUUCGGAGAAAGCUGGUACAUCGCGGUGUUUGGUCUUACCCUUGCUAUAGUAGCUGCUGUUGUUAGCUGCAAAUGCCCUGUAGAGCCAGUUGUACCCGAUCAGUACUUCUCUGUGGAGCACGAGCAUGGAGAGACAGAGCGUCUGAUUAAAGAAGCCGAACCUGAUCGAGACGAGUGGGGAGAGGCGUCCGUUUUUGACUAGCACUGGGUGACUUUAUGCACUUCUAUAAGCACUGUGAAAUUUUAACCGUGGAACAUAUUCACUAGUUUUUAUUUAACACUUUACUGAAUGUACUUUAGCUUUGUGUGUUUUAAUAUUUUAACAAUUCAAAUUCAAGCUCUUUGUAAACAUUUUACAGGAAGGAACCAAAGACAAGAGCAGAUUGCUCACUAGGACCUAUUGUAGAUCUUUUUUUAACGUACUUAACACUCAGGCAUGGCUGGUGUUAUGGUUUUUUUGUACCAUUUUAAGAAAUACAUUGUUCAAAUAUGAAAUGUACACCAAAUGUAGUUAAUCAGCCAAGACAUGUUGGGCAUUUGUUUGCUUCUAAUUGUGUACCAGAGCCAUGUGGCUAAUAUGGCAUAUGACUGGUUUGUUCAUCAUCAUAGGUCUUUUUAAAAAAGCACAGAUUUUAUUUUAUUUCAUAUGACAUAGCAGUCCACCUGUAAGCCUUACCAACACAUUUUACAUAAAAUUUUAAACCUUUAUGUUUAAUUAGGAAUAGUAUGAAGGACUUUUAUUAGGUUUAAACCUUUUAAAUUGAAAGUAAAUUAUUGAUAUAAGAUGUGAACACACUAUGUGUAUGCACUAUUGUUAUUAUCUACACAAAUGAUUAUGUAUGUUUUUUCCGCAGUAUUUAAACACUUCCUGUUGCAAUGUUUAGCGGUGUGAUCAGCUACAAGGCUGUAACGUGGUUAUACAGCAACACAGUACUGUAUUUAAUGCUUUUCUCAAUGUUACACACCAAUAAAUGUUCACAUCAAUGUUUGUCUAUGCAUGGUAUCAUUACUGUAAUUGUGAUUCUACUGGUAUCAUUAUUCACCGCUGAUGUUAUCCCAUUACUUACAAAUGUACUGUAGUGAAUAAAGAGUGAUUAUAAAAUGUAUUUAUGAAAAUUUUGGGUCCUGCUGCCUGUUUAUGUUGUUGUAGACCAAAAAUGAUGCACAUUCCUGCAGUAAAUGUUAGGCACAGCUUCAACAUUCAAUGCAGACUGGAGGGCAGAAGACCAACCCUGGGCUUCAUGAGAACCUUCUCAGAAAGAACUGGGAAAUGAUGCUGCUUCCCUGUCAGCAAAUAGCGGCAAAUAAGGUCAAUGAAGUUGUUUACAGAUGUGCAAUAAAUACUUAAACACAA